ACGUGAUUGGCUUCUAGGGUUUAUCUCUACUCUAUAUAACACCCUCACUCAUCUUCAAGAACUUCCAUUCCUUUCCCUCUCUUUGCUUUAACAAAAAGCAGAGAGAAAGUGAGAAGAAAGCAACAAUGGAGCCCUCUAAGCUCCCAGCUCUCCUCCUCAUUUCCAUGCUCUUCAUCUCCUCAGCCACCCCAAUUCUCGGCUGUGGCUACUGCGGCAAGCCCUCUCACAAGCACAAGAAGCCCAAGGGCCCAAAGGGACCCAUCACGGUUCCACCCAUUGUUAAGCCUCCGAUCACCCUGCCGCCGGUCACCGUCCCCCCCAUCAAGCCACCGAUAACCCUACCUCCAGUUGUGAAGCCACCCAUCAACCUCCCUCCGGUGACUGUUCCACCAGUCACAGUCCCUCCAAUUAAGCCACCAGUGACCCUCCCUCCGGGGAUUGUUCCACCAGUCACAGUCCCUCCAAUUAAGCCACCAGUGACCCUCCCUCCGGGGAUUGUUCCACCAGUGACUGUGCCGCCAGUGACAGUCCCUCCGGUGACCGUGCCACCCGUGACAGUGCCGCCAGUGAUCACUAACCCGCCAAAGGGUAAGCCCUGCCCGCCACCGCCUGCCACGUGCCCAAUUGACACCCUGAAGCUGGGGGCCUGUGUGGAUCUUCUCGGUGGCCUGGUGCACAUUGGGCUGGGCGACCCGGUAGUGAACCAGUGCUGCCCGGUGCUGGCGGGGCUGGUGGAGCUGGAGGCGGCGGUGUGCUUGUGCACCACUCUGAAGCUGAAGGUUCUGAAUCUCAAUGUCUAUGUUCCGCUGGCCCUUCAGCUUCUUGUCACUUGUGGGAAGACUCCCCCACCUGGCUUCACCUGUUCUCUCUAGAUCUAAAGAUCCAAGUUGCUAACUUAAUAUCAAGCAUUGGACGAAAUCGACAUGAGAGGAUGUCGAGACUCUCUCUCUCUCUCUGUCUCUCUUCGCUUAUUGGAACUGCCAACGUUUGGAUUUAUUGUUGUACACCCAUUUGUUUCUGCAAAAUUAUUUGAUGUAUGUUCUGUUGUAUUCUUGACUGCAAUCGGUCAUGAUUUUCUUUCUCA